AUGCAGCAGCACAAUCUCUUCCCGUCUGACCAGCGGGAGCAAAGCGGUGAGAUGCUUUGCUACUAUCUGAAGUCUGCAUUCGGGCCAGAAUACAAGAACAUGCCUGGAGAUGUCCGAAGACUGGCGGACAAGAUCUGCUCCGAGCAAUGGAGUACCUACCUAAACUUCAUGGCUUGCCCAAGACGGAUUUCCUUCACAGACUUCCACGGCAUGAUCACUGCACCUGAGUAUGUACAAGAGGGGGACGUGGUAGUGGUGCCGCUAGGAAAGGCCAUUCCUAUGAUUUUGCGCAAGACUGCUGACCAUACUUGGACAUUUCAAUGUUAUGCUGCGGCGCAUUGGGACAUUGUGAAGCGCGUGCAGCAUAUCAAGGAUACCAAUCCUUUAGCAGAAGAGAUUUUCAUACUGGCUUGA